AUGACGAAAAUAACAGAUGCAGCAACGAGACAGGCAGUUCAAAGUGCCUAUGACGCCGUUAGAGCAACUGUUGUGAAAAGUCAAGAAAAAGAGUUACAACAGACCAAAACAGACCUAGUAAAUGCUUUCUUAAAAACGAAAAGUCAGGUAGGACAUUACGCUGCAGAUGGAACAUAUGUGCCAGCUGGUGGAACUUAUAUACCACCAAACCCUCCAAGAGAAGCACCUGCACCAGGACUACCUAGAACAUUUACAUCGUCACAUGGACACAGACACAGGCAUGCACAACAACCAGCACAACAACCACCUCCACAACCAGCACAACAACCAACACAACAACCAGCACAGCAACCAACAGUUCAAAACCCUGCACAACAACAACCACAAACAGAGCAAGGACAUAAAAGAAGUAGAGAACAAGGAAACCAAGAAUUCUUAAAAAUGCUUAAAGAAGAGUGUGGUUUCCCAGAUACUGUUGACUUUAGUGACAGAUAUAAAGAAGCUAUUAGAAAGUUCAAGGAUGGAAAUACUGACCCGAACCUAUUUAGCUUUAUGGCUCAGCACCAAAACGGAUAUAAUCUCAAACCUGGAAAAUACAAGCUCGCUAAGGGAUAUGAUUUAAUAGCAUAUCAUCCAAAUGACAUGGAUGAAUUUACUCCGAGAUAUUUGAUGUCAGAGCUAAAUGACAAUUCAACUUUCGUCAUGAAACGCGUAAAAAAUAGAGACGGAACGAAAGAACAA